UUGCAAUGUUUUCCAUAUUCGGAUGUUUUUAGUGCAGUGAGCGAUUGUGACUACGUGCUCCAUAUCGCGUCACCGUUUCCCAUUGUAUCCGAUCCAUCCUGCGUGGACAUUGCUGUCACUGGAACACUCAAUGUUCUCCGAGCCGUUUCGAAAGAACCCAGCGUGAAGAAAGUCGUUCUCACCAGCAGUUGUGCUGCGGUACACGAAGGGCAAACCUAUGGAAAAACGUACGACGAAACGUCAUGGACCAAUGUUGACGAUCCAAAGGUAGACUACUACGCCAAAAGCAAGACAUUGGCCGAAAAAGCCGCAUGGGAUUUCGUUAACAACAUAAAGGACGGCAACAAAUUCAAACUGACGUGCCUGAAUCCGACAUUUGUUGUUGGCCCACUGAUAAUAGAUGAAGAAGGUGCCAGUAUAUCGCUGAUGCGACGAUUCCUCAACUUUGAAUGGCCUGCCCUUCCGGAACUGAAUCUGGCCUGUGUGGACGUUCGAGACGUGGCGAAAGCACAUUUGCUAGCUAUGCAUUGUCCGGAAAGUGAUGGAGAGCGAAUUUUGAUCACAAGCCAGCCGUCAUUUUGGUUCAGAGAUAUCGCUCGGAUUUUGGGAGAAGAAUUCAGACCACAAGGUUUCUGGGUACCUCGUCUUCAGGCACCCUACUUCAUACUCUGGUUAUACUCGUUCUUUGAUAAGGAAGCUCACUCGGCUCUGAAUCGAACCGGCUACGAGAACAACUUUGACAAUUCGAAAGCCAAGCGCAUACUAGGUAUGAAAUUCAAUGAUCCUGCCGUGGCAAUGGUGGAAAUGGGCUAUUCACUGAUUGAGAGAGGAAUCGUCAAGAAACGCUCUGGUUACAAGGGAGUACCGAAGAAAUACAAUAUUUAG